ACUCACUCGUCUGUGUCAUGGAAUCCGAGGUCCCUAUCGAGUCGCCGCCGUUGACCAAGGCUGCACCGCUUCAAAGCCUCCUGCCUUCGACCUGCGGAGUGCUAACAUCGCUUCCUGAACUGUCCGGUCACCCCAAGAAGAGCUAUGCCCUUGGAUGGAACCUGGAUGGGUCGUGGUUGGCGUCGGGGAGUACAGACCGAUCCAUCCGAUUGUGGGACCCAGAAGGUAUUCGAAAGCUUACCGAGAUGCAAGGACACAGCGACACGGUCAAUCAGCUCAUGUGGAACCCCACAAGUAAGCAUCUUCUUGCAAGUGCAGGAAAUGACAAGAGUGUUCGCCUGUGGGACACAAAGAGCUCGAAAUCGACGUCGUCCAUUGCACUGUCGUCCGCUGUCAUGAACGUCGCGUACUCCCACGAUGGAAAAUACAUCGCCGCGCUCUGCACAGGCUCGACGCGAGACACUGGUUCCAUCAGUCUCAUCGACACCCGAAAACAUAAGAUUGUCACGCGCAUGCCGACUCCAUACGAGUUCCAGGACAUGUUAUUCAGCGAUUCGGGCUUCCUUUUCGCCGCCGCAGGACACUCGGCGGGAUAUGGAACGCUGGAAGUUCUACAGGUCGUCCCGGACGCGAACGACCGCAAGCUGCCGCCGACGCUGGAAAACGUCCACAAGGUGCACGCCGCGCAUUCGGGCAGUUGCUUUGCGAUCGAUCUGGCCAAGAAUGGCCGGAUGUUGGCGCUGGGAGGGGUCGACUCCCUCGUGAGCCUGUGGGACCUGGACGAAGUGUACUGCAUGCAAACGCUCGUGACGUCGCAGUCGCGCAUUCGUUUCGUCAAAUUCUCCCACGACUCCAAGUUCCUCGCGUCAGGAAGCGACGACCUCGUGAUCCCGAUCGUCGAAGUCGCGACUGGACGGCAUGCGUUCUCCAUCGCGCUCCAGGAACCGCCGCAGCAAAUGGCGUGGCAUCCGUCCAAGCACCUGCUUGCGUACCUCGGGGACACAGCCUCCAACGAGAAGAACAAGGAUCGGCAAGGCGUCAUCAAGCUCGUCGCGGUCGCGCCGCCCUGAUGGCCUCUGUCGCUUUGUGUUACAAUCGAUAAAAUUGGACUUGACUAUCCCCAAAUUUCGACAUGUGUGGUUCUCGUUG